UGUAACUUUUUACGAGCUUACAGGAAGAAUGCGAUUCUGGACUUUCUUUCGGUGAUCUGUAGCUUACAGAAACCGUAAAUAUUUACGAGGACUCAAGAGGUGGUCGGAAGCCUAUCGAAUGAUAUAUUGUGAGGUUAUGUCGAAUGGUUUGUUUAUUUUCUGGUGAACAACUUUUUGAAAUAGAUUCAUAAUGAAUGAUAAUAAUAAUAUCGCUUUGUUUAUUGGGUUGUUAUUAGAAGAAAACCAUAACAGGAACUUUAUGAGAAUUGAAAGGAGAAGGUUGCGUGAUCAAAUGAAUCCUUUCGAAAUGCCGGAUGCUCAGUUUAUAAAAAUGUUUAGACUGAAGAAGCAGUGCACCAUAAACUUAAUAAAUGCUUUACAGCAAUUUUUACCCACAAAAAAUGCAAAUGCUAUUGCAUUACCCAAAAAAGUGUUGAUUACUCUCAACUUUUUGGCCACAGGGUCUUUCCAGAAUUCUGUAGGUUCCAAUACCUGGUUAUCACGCAAAAACUAA